GUCUGCUACACUUGAUGGUCAGCCGCUAUGGCGCUGCCAAGCCGCUCCAUUCGCGCUCUGUUGACGAGCAGUGUCCGAAAUAUAAAUGGCUGCAUAUCAAGGACAUAUUAUCUAUAUUCUUCCGAACCAUUUCAUCCUUAUCCAGAACGACAGCCGAAAUGGAUGAGCGCGGAGGAGGCCGUGUCAGUUAUCAAAUCCGGGCACAAGGUGUUCCUCCACGCCGGGGCAGCCACUCCCACCACCCUGGCUGACGCUAUGGCCGUGUACGGGAAGAAAGCGGGGCUGAGGAAUGUGGAGGUACUGCAUCUCCACUCUGAAGGCCCUGCCACGUAUGCUCAGCCCGAAUAUAAAGACCAUUUCCGAUCCAACUCGUUCUUCAUUGGCGCUAACGUACGAAAGGCAAUAAACUCCGGAGAUGCUGACGUCAUCCCGAUCUUUCUCUCGGAGAUCCCGCUUCUUUUCCAUUGUCGACUGAUUCAUAUCGACGUGGCUCUUGUCUCCGUGAGCCCGCCCGACAAACAUGGCUACUGCUCUCUGGGAGUCAGUGUGGACUGCGCCCGAGCUGCAAUGCAAAAUGCCAAAUACAUUAUAGGUCUGGUGAACAAGCAAAUGCCACGGACAUUCGGAGACGGCCUCAUACACCAGUGUCACUUUGACGCCAUGGUUGCGGAGGACAGGCCCCUGCCAGAGCUUCAGAAGAGCACAGCGUCGCCCCAGGAAGAACAGAUUGGCAAACUUAUUGCUGAGAAUCUGGUCCAGGACGGAGCAACCCUUCAGAUGGGAAUCGGCUCAAUACCCAAUGCGGUGCUGGACAAGCUAGGGUCGCACCGUGACCUUGGCAUUCACACGGAGAUGUUCAGCGAUGGCGUCGUGGACUUGGUGGAGACCGGCGCUGUCUCCAACACCAAGAAGAUCAUCCAGCCUGGAAAGAUCCUCUCAAGCUUCACCAUCGGCACAAAGAAGCUGUACGACUUCCUCGACAACAACCCGUCGGUUGUCAUGGUUGAUGCGGCCUACAGCAACAGCACAGACAUCAUAUCCCAGAACCCUAAGGUGACGGCCAUCAACUCAGCGAUUGAGGUGGACCUGACCGGGCAGGUCGUGUCCGAUUCCAUCGGGACCAGAAUGUACUCAGGUUUCGGGGGUCAAGUAGACUUCAUCCGAGGCGCGUCCCUCUGUCGAGAUGGGCUGGGAAAACCAAUCAUUGCCUUGCCAUCACAGACAAAGAGGGGCGAGACAAAGAUAGUUCCGCUCAUCAAGGAAGGUGCUGGAGUCGUAACGACACGAGCGCACGUGCAUUACGUGGUGACAGAGUUCGGCAUCGCCUUCUUGUUCGGCAAAAGCCUGCGACAGAGAGCCUACGAGUUGAUAAAGAUAGCUCACCCCAACCACAGGGAGCAGUUGGAGAAGGCGGCCUUCGACAGACUCAAAUGUAUGCCUGCUCCGUGAUUGGACAUGUUCACGAGCCUCAAGUGUAUGACUGCUCGUGAUUGGACGAUGUUCACGAGCCUCAAGUGUAUGUCUGCUCGUGAUUGGGCGAUCUUUGCUGGGCUCAAGUGUAUGCCUGAAAACAAACACAAAUUUGUUAUGAUAUAUUUUUGGAAUAUGAUAUAACAUAUUUAUGACACGCGGGCCAAGUUAUCUUGUUGGUGCAGAGUUACGUCCCUUAUCAUAUAGGAUCUGGUCGCUGGUUCCAGUUUAUAUUCUCAAUUUGUCAGCGCCAUGCUUGGGUAUUUCCUUGUGUACGUCUAUCGCCAACGUUACUUUCUACAAACACGGCCUGAUAUACCUGAAAUAUUGUUUGUUCUCGCACUCACUCAUUACAUGUGCACAUAUUGUUAAUUGAUUUUCUUGUUCUCAUUUGGGAUUAAUCGGGGUCCCAGUGAGUAAUCCGGUGACUACAAGGCCUCCAGUACGCCACAGGCACGGUGGCCCAGUCAUCAAAGGUGCAAUCCGCUGGGCCGAGUUACGUCCCUUAGGAUCACCAGAAACCUGUGAUAGCGAGUUCGAAUCCCAGACUCGCCCUGAUUAUGUUUAUAGUUUUGCCAGCACUCUACCCGAUGGUUUCACCAAAGUGGUAAACGUCUAAGACCUGCAUUACUUCAAGCUGCACUCCAACAUCAAGCUGACACGACGUGACAUAACUGUAAUACUGUUAAAAGUGGCGUUAAACCAAUCUCACUCUCUUCUGAUAUUGAUUGAUAAUGGCUGAUAUUUCAUCUAAACUAGCCCAACUUACUCACCCCCUCACUAACUCAGUGUCCCAUACUUGUGGUUUGUUUGUUUAACGCCGCACUCAGCAAUAUUCCAGCUAUAUGACGGCGUUCUGUAAAUAAUCGAUUGUGGACCAGUCAAUCCAGUGAUUGACAUCACGGGCAUCGAUCUACGCAAUUGGGAUACGAUGACAUUCAUCAAUCAAGUCCGCGAGCCUGACCACCCGAUCCCAUUAGUCGUCUCUUACGACAAGCAUAGUCGCCUUUUACGGCAUGCAUGGGUUGCUGAAGACCUAGUCUAACCCGGAUCUUCACGGGUCCCAUGCUUGUGGUAAGAGCGGACGUGGGUGGUCCGACUCGGUGACGUGGUUGAUGGCAAGGACCGUCAUGCAUGCUUCCCGUCACUGGUUUGUCUGGUCCAUAUCGGUUAUUUACAGGCCACCGUGAUAUAGCUGGACCAUUGCUAUUACGUCCAACAAACCCACUUAUUUAUGUUUGAUGCUCAUUGUAGUGUUUUGUUUUUUGGAAGCAUUUGUUUUGCGACUUUUCGCAGCCUCUGCGUUGUGUCUUGAAUGUACACAUUUUCCUUUUUUCAGAUGCUAUAUCAACAAACUCACAAAUGUCAUUUUGCAUUUGUAUACCUUGUGAUGAACAAAUUUUAAUAUCGUCAAAUACAGUUUGUCGUUAUUCC